CCCUACAUGUUACGUUAUUUGCCGGGAUAAACAAUUCAUAUCCAUCAUUUCUGACCACGUCAUUUAAAACAAAUUUAUUAGCAUCCUCCCAUUUCUUGAAAGCAACGCUAAUUCGGUUUUUUCCUUUUUUGCUAAGUUUAAGUACAUUCUCGAUUUUUUUGUCAUUUAUGUAUUUUGCUAAUUUCAAAAAACUAUAAUUACCGACGUUAUCGCCUUUUGACUCCAUAAAUACCUCAAAGGGACCGGUAUCAGUGUACUGAUAAUAGAAAUGUUUUUUUCCUUUUUUUAUUUCAUUGUUAUUAUUAGUGAUUGAAUUAGCAUUGCUAUCAAGUAAUGGUGUAUUAUUUAAACUACUAUUCUUUUCAGUGUUUUCUAUAUUAUCUAACAUCUCCUCAUCACCGGGGGGGUUAGCCCCCCCGGUAGUAUCCCCCAUAAUUAACCGUGUAAUGCAAAGCUGUCUCUUUUUUACCUAACUAGAUAAUGUAUAAUUUAUUUUAUUCAAAGAAAGUACAGGAAAUUUAGGAAUUCAACAGAUAGGAAAUUUGUUAGUUACCUCUAUUAUGUAGUUCCUAUUUUGUUUUUGCCGCCUGCGUUUUUUUUGAAUUAUCACUUCCACACUGAACUGUCACACAACCGAACGUUACGAAAGCUCAUACAGAAGUCGAACUUUGAAAACAAAACCAAAUUUGUUUUUGACAGAAUGACGAAUGACAGACGAUUUGUGACGGAACGGAACAGUAAAUUAGACAACAUUGGGUGCAUUCAGCAGACGCAAUCGCUAACUAAUCGAUUAGUGAUUUUCUGCUGAAUGCCACAUAAAUUGUCGAUUAGUUAUCAUGCGAUGACUUAUCGGUCGCCAUUUUAAACAUCAGUUUUGAAAUAUGAUUAUUUAGCGAUUCUAAACAAGAUUUGACGUAUGACGUGUGACCUGUAUUUUAAGUUUUAUUUGUUAGGUUAUCUUUAUCUGUUCUGUUCUGUUAUAUUUUAACCACGCUGGUAAAUAAAUUAGCUGCUUAUAUUUUUUUGUUCCUAUAAUAUAAAUUAUUCCUAUAAAUAGGUCAAAAAUUUAUAAUUCAUAAUGUCUAUAGAAAUUGAUACUCUCUACGAGUUUGAUGGAGUGAUUUAUAGAGUGUAUGGCACGGAAGAACUGCAUUGCCAAUUGCAAACAGAUGAUGAUUUUUGUUUCCAAUACCUAUCUGCUAACCUCAAUGCAUUUGAAAUAGUGAGCGUUAGCGUUGAUGACUCCAAUGGCAAUCCUUCCAACCAAAAUGAACAGGAGAAGGAAAAUCAAAAAGAUGAAUUUUCGUGGAGCAAGAAAACCACAUUACUGCUCUUAAACUCCAUCAGAGAAAGAAAGGGCAUGUUAAGAGACCCGAAAAUUAAAAAAAAAACAAAUUUGGCAGGGAAUUAAACAGGAAUUUAUAACCAAAGGUUAUA